AUGUUGAUCAAAUUGAAGACAAAGAGGUUUUCAAGGUCAAGUUCUAAGCUUUCUCUAGGAGAAAAUGGAGGUGGUGGUGGUGGUGUGAUUGAUUGGGAAUUAAGGCCCGGUGGAAUGUUGGUUCAGAAGAGAGAGAAAGGAGAGAAGAAUGGGAAAUGUGAGAUGAUUAGAGUGAAAGUCUCAAAUGGGUCUAAUUCCCAUCAAAUCUCCAUCCAAUCAAAUGCAACAUUCGGUGAAAUGAAGAUAAUUUUAUCACUAGUCACAAGCAUGGAGCCACAAUCACAAAGGCUUCUAUUCAAAGGGAAGGAGAGAGAGGAUCAAGACUUCCUCCAUAUGGUGGGAGUUAAAGACAUGGACAAAGUGUUGUUGCUAGAGGACCCUGCCAACAAAGAAAGGAAGCUUCAAGCCAUGAUCAGGAACCAAACCAUGGGAAAUUAUGGCCACACUAUUACAGCCUAAAUGCUUACUGUGUUUUUCAUUUGAAAUUUUUAGUUUUCAUAUAUGAGGUUUAGGUUUUCUAGUUACUAUUUUAGGUGUUAAGGCGGUUGACCCUGCUAAAUAUAUAUCCUUUUCAU